AUUAAUUUUUACGCUUCUCUCUCUGCAAUUACUCCUUGAGAGCAUCUCUCUCUAGAAUAUCGAGUAUUGCUGACUUGAGCGUUGGAGUGUUUUUCCUUGGAAACAUCCUCGGGAUUUUCAGGUGUAGAAGCAGCUAGGACUUCAACAAUGUUGGAUUGCAAAGCUGCCCAAACAUUUGGCGCCGUCUGUGGGAAACUGAACAAGAAGUUGUGUAGCUAAACCUGCUGAAAGACAAAAUGGUUCGUACUUUUACCGGAAAUCGCCCCCCAAGAAAUGAAAUAGACGAACAGGAGGACACUCAACUGUCUGAGCCCGGUUUGAAUGAUUUUAGACCGAUGCCCAGGAACCUUUUCGUUGGAGGAGCAGAACAGGAUCAAUUAAGUGGAACAGAUGACGAUGAAAGAACACCAACUGGGUAUGCAACUCAGCCCGAACCUUUCCAAAUCCUAACAGGAACAAGACAAAGGCAACCCAUACCAAGCAAUCUACAACCGGAACGACCUGAAAGGUUAACAGAACCUGCUCGGACAGCCGAGCUCGAAGAGAGAACUAGAGUUCUCGAAAUGGCAAUGGGUAAAAUCCUUGCCCGCUUAAUCCCUGAUGAUCCCCCGAUUCCUUUGUUGAACAGGGAUGCACAACCAGCUGCGGUUGUUGCAACUCGAAACUCCCCCACUCUGAGCAACAUUGUGGUGCCGACCAGGCCCAGGGGAAGCGGGAAGCUAAAUAACGAACCCAGCUCGUCCAAACAUAGUGAAGAAUUGAUGAGAAAGAACGCAGACCUUGAAAGACAGCUGCGGGAUGUACAAAAAUCUAUUGACGAGCUAAAAAGUCCCAGGUUGCACCAACAGACUCUGGAUUUGGAUAGUGCUCCACUAAACCUAUCCAUCACAGCAGAACCAUAUCAAGAGGGAUUCAAAAUUCCCCAUUUGGAGACAUAUGAUGGCUCGGGCGACCCAGAUGAACAUCUGCACACUUAUCAAGCCAUCAUGAGAAUUCAAAAUGCCAAUGAUGCCAUGAUGUGCAAAGUAUUCCCAGCGACAUUGAAAUCAACAGCCAGAAGAUGGGAGAUCAAGCGCACGGCGACCGAGCUGAUGCAGGUUAAUCAGAGGGAAGGGGAAUCUCUGAGGGACUACAUGCAGCGAUUCAACAAAGCCACUCUGGACAUUGACAACGUCCCAGACACCAUCUGCCUGUCUACCUUGCUGCAUGGUUUAAAGCGUGGUCGGUUCCUAGACGACCUGCUAGAGAACCCACCGAGGACGUGGAACGAAGUAAAUGACAGGUCGACUAGCUUCAUACUAUCAGAAGAUUUCCAGUCAUCCAAGCGGCGAGCUGAUGAUAAGCAUAAUAAAAGUCAUGAGCAACCGCUGAUGAGAGAAGAAAAGAAAAAACAGAAAGUCAACGAGCAAUGGGGGAAGCCCGCUGACUUCCCAAAGUAUGCUAGUUACAUCCCUUUGACCUUGCCAAGGUCUCAAAUUCUGGCACAAAUCCAACACUGGGUUAGGAGACCCCCACCCCCACUGCAUGAUUCCCCUAGGGCGGACAAAAGCAAGCACUGUGACUACCAUCGUGUAUAUGGUCACAAUACAGAAGAUUGCCAACACCUGAAGGACGAGCUGGAUUUCUUGGCUCGCAACGGGAAGCUAGAAGGAUAUGUUCAGAAGCUCCACACCCAGCAACCCACUCAAGCUCAUUUUGUACAGGGGUAUGACCGACCUCAGGGGCAGAGGUAUCAGCUCGGCGGGGCACAGGAUGCAUAUCAGGAUAACCAGUAUCUUUCGGAGCAGGGCAAGGCGUACAGAGGACGUCCGUUCAAUAAGAGAGGACAGGGACAGAGAACUACCACCCAUAACCAAAAAGAUAGGAAAGGGGUAGGUUAUGCUGGGAUACCCCCGCCCUCUGGCACCAUAAAUAUGAUAUCAGGUGGUGUUCACUUUGGAGGCCAAAGCGCCCAAGGUCGCAAAGCAUAUGCACGUCAGGUGAUGACAGUUAACAAAAACAGGCCUUUGAAACGCCCAUUUGAAGAAGCAGAAUGGGAAAAUGCACCCAUCACAUUCAGCCCGGUAGACUAUAAGCGAGCAGAAGGAGAGCCCGACGUUAUGAUGCCACAUGCAGAUCCUUUUGUGGCAACGGUUCAUAUAGGCAACCAUAACGUCAACAAGGUCUUCAUUGAUACGGGCAGCUCGCCGGAUAUCCUGUACUGGAGUUGCUUUCAGAAAAUGCAGCUGAAUCCAAGCUCACUGCAGAAACACGAAGGGCCUAUAUAUGGGUUUGACAAUCAGCCCGUCCCGGUUGAAGGAGUCAUUACCCUUCCCAUCUAUGUGAGCUCGGAACCACGGUUCAUGAUGGCUUCCGUUACCUUCCUGGUCGUCAAGAUGGAGUCAGCUUUCAAUGCUAUACUGGGAAGAGCCACUCUUUGCGAGCUCAAGGCUGUCGUCUCACAACCCCAUCUCUGCAUGAAAUUCCCAACUCCUCAAGGGGUAGGAGUACUUAAAAGGAAUCAGAAGAUGACCAGAGCCUGCUACCAGGAUACUUUCAAAAAGGUUGAGCUCGCUGCUGCCCUUGCAGGCUUCGAAAAUCACAGACCAACCCAGCUCGGUCAACAGACAAUGAGCAUAUCGGACAUUAAGCAUAGACCUGAGGGUGUCAAGCAGAAAGUCGAGCCGGUAGAGCUAGUAGAAACCAUUCCUUUAAACCCUCAUGUGCCGAAAAGAAUAGUCAAGAUCGGCACCAAGCUCACAGAAGAAGAGCGAGCAAAGCUUCUGGAGUUUUUGAGGGUCAAUCAAGAUGUGUUUGCGUGGACUACAGAUGAAAUGCCUGGCAUCCCUGCAGAGUUGACAGUCCACAAACUCAGCACGGACCCCACCAAAAGGCCGGUGGUGCAGAAACGUCGCCUUUUUGGCCCUGAGAAGCAGGCUGCUAUAGAUGAAGAGAUACAGAAGCUACUACAGGCAGGCUUCAUCAGGAGAGUGGAAUACUCUGAGUGGGUAUCUAACCCAGUGCUCGUUAAAAAACCAAAUGGCAAGUGGAGGAUUUGUAUUGACUUCACCAACUUAAAUGAGGCAUGUCCAAAAGACCCUCAUCCCUUGCCUAAUGUGGAGAAGCUAGUUGAACGGGCAGCCGGGCAUGAGCGGAUGAGUUUCCUUGACGCUAGCUCGGGGUAUCACCAGAUCGGCAGGAACAUAGAAGUAUAUGUGGAUGACAUGAUAGUCACCAGUGUACGAGCUGAUGAUCAUAUAGACGACCUGAGUGAGACCUUUCAAAAUUUGCGCCGAGCCCAAAUGAAGCUGAAUCCCCUAAAGUGCACGUUCGCUGUAGAAUCAGGAAAAUUCCUAGGGUACGUGGUAUCCAAGAAAGGAAUUGAAGUGAACCCAGAGAAGGUUCUGGCCGUUCAGCAGAUGGAGCCUCCCAAGACUGUGAAGGAUGUGCAGCGCCUGACAGGUCGCGUAGCCGCAUUGCACAGAUUCAUAGCCAGGUCGGCGGAAAGGUGCCUACCGUUUUUCAAAGCCUUGCGAGAGCCCAAGCAUUUUCAAUGGACCGACGAGUGUCAACGGGCGUUUGACGAGCUCAAGCAGUAUUUGGUAUCUGCACCCCUGCUGUCCAAGCCUGUGGAAGGGGAGAGUUUAUACCUAUACAUGGGGGUUACAGGAGAGGCAGUGAGCUUAGUCUUGCUCAGGGAAGAGAAUAAGAAUCAGAAGCCUAUCUGCUACGUGAGCAAGGUUUUACAAGGUGCAGAGCAGAACUACACAUUAGCAGAAAAGGCCGCCUUUGCCCUGGUUUACACAGCUCGUAAUUUGAGGGCUUAUUUCCAAUCACAUCAGAUUGUUGUCUAUACCGAUUUGCCAUUGAGAAAAAUACUGCAAAAACCUGAACUCUCUGGUCGGCUUAUUGGAUGGAGCGUCGAGCUGAGUGAAUAUGACCCCAAAUUUCAGCUGCGCACAACCAUAAAAGGUCAGGCCGUUGCAGACUUUCUGGUGGAGUGCAUCUCAGCGACUAAGGAAGAAAAAGCACCCGAACACCCAGUCUGGGUUUUGUAUGUUGAUGGAGCUGCUAACGUGGAAGGAUCGGGUGCUGGGACUGUGUUAGUGGGCCCAGAUGGCUUUAAGUCUGAGCACGCACUGAGGUUUAAGUUUCAGACAACUAACAACGCUGCAGAAUAUGAAGCCCUCAUUUACGGAUUGAAGCUGGCGUCCGAGCUGAAGGUACAAAGCAUUCAGGUUUUCAGCGACUCUCAGCUCGUUGACCUUAACCCUCAGAGAUCGACAAUUGUCGAGGUGCUUGACGCCCCGAGCUACACCAAUCUCGCAGUUGAGUGCCAGCUGCUAAGCACAGACCCCUCUUCACCAAGCUGGACCACCCCGCUCAUAAAUUAUCUGCAAAAUGACGAGCUGCCUGAAGAUCAGUCCGCUGCAAAGUGGAUUAAAUGCAGGGCGGCUCAUUUCACUCUGUUAGAUAAUCAGGUAUACAAACGAGCAGCCUCCAUGCCCCUAUUGCGCUGCCUCACUCCUUAUGAAGCUGAAUAUGCUGUGAGGGAAGUUCACGAAGGAGUAUGUGGCACACAUAUAGGCGGUAGAACUUUAGCUCGGAAACUCCUGAGGCAUGGGUAUUACUGGCCAACCAUGGUCGAGGACGCACAGAACUAUGUCAAAAAGUGCCCGACCUGCCAGUUCAAUGCUGAUGAUAUUCACAUGCUAGGGGAAAUGCUCUCGUCACUCUCAUCCCCCUGGCCUUUUGCUCAAUGGGGAGUCGACGUGCUCGGCCCUUUCGUGAAAGGCAAAGGAGGUUGCACUUACCUCGUUGUCGCGGUGGAUUACUUCACCAAAUGGAUAGAAGCUAAACCACUGUCCACGACAACAGAAAAGAAAGUAGAAGAAUUCUUGUUCAAUUUCAUAUUGUGCAGGUUCGGUAUUCCUAAGCGGAUCAUAGCAGACAAUGGUCCGCAGUUCCGAGCCACCGCACUGAGGUCGUUCUACAACGACUAUGGCAUUGAGCUCUCCUUGACGUCUGUAUAUACUCCACAGUCAAACGGACAGGCUGAGUCCGCCAAUAAAAUCAUCUUGCGAGGACUCAAGACGCGUGUUUUAGCUGCGCAGUCUAAUUGGGUUGAUGAACUCAAUAAAGUGCUCUGGUCAUGUCGCACUACACCAGCUCGGCUACAGGUGAAACCCCAUUCAACCUGGCGUAUGGAGCUGAGGCCGUCAUCCCUGUUGAGGUCGGAUUGCCAUCUGGCAGACCAGAUCGUCACAGCGAUAUUACUAAUGAGCAACUUCUCAGAGAAAACCUAGACCUUGUAGAGGAGGUUAGGGAGAUGUCUCGAAUAAAGAAUAUGGCAUAUC